UUGCUUCUGAUUGGGAGACGAGCAGAUGCCUCUGAGCCGAGUCUUCAAUUGUGCAGCCGUGUGACAAUCGGCGACCUCUGGAACAGAACACCGCAUCGUCGAUUGGGGGCGCAGACUACUUCCCACGCCCUAUCGCAAGCCGUCCACCGGCCACGAUCAGCACCCGUCGAGGGAUGUGAAGUGGCGAUCGUCCGAUCUGUAUGGCUAGGUCUUCUUUCAUAUGGCGGUGGAUGUCGGCCGGAGAUUUGGCUUCGAUUCUUCCUUCUGCUUCAUAUGGCCAAGUCUUCUGCCUCUAAAUGUUGUCGGCGGCUACCCACGCCUUCAAUCGAGCCGUCGAGCCACGAUCCCCGCCAACCACGGACAGUCUAUCUCGGUCGUCGCUGUCGAUUUUGGAUUGAGUUGUGUGGAUGA